AUGGGUUUAAAGGCCGAAGUCGCUGGAAGAAGAAGAAGAUUGAAGGCAUUUUCAGCGGGAAGAGAAAUUACAUCAGUCAUAAGAAUAUUGGAGGAAUUCCCUCAAGUCCAUCAAGUGCAUAAACGAUUCAAGAAAAUUAAUUUCAACUAUGAAAAUAAAGAUGAUUGUCCUCUUCAUAACUUAGAAAAAAAAUUUGAAGUAGACUUCUUAAAUACUGUAAUAGAUACUGCUAUAAAUUUGUUACAAGACAGGUUCAUCCAGUUAAAUAAUCAUAGUUCUAACUUUGGUUUCCUGUAUGAUAUAAAUAUUUUAAAAUCUUGGGAGCAUGAAACCAUACUAAAGCAUUGCAAAGAUUUAGAGAUAUUACUAUCAUCAAAUGAAACUUCUGAUAUUAAUAUCAUUGAAUUAUUUGAAGAAAUUAAAUUAUUUUGUCAACUAACCGAAUCAAAUAGUUUUCCAAUGACGGUAGCGUCUGCUGAAAGAAGUUUCUCUAAACUGAAACUUAUAAAAAAUCAUUUACGAUCAACAAUGAGUUACAAACGUUUAACUGGAUUAUUAAUUUUAUCCAUUGAAGCAGAGUUGGCACAAGAACUAAACUUGGAAAAUUUAGUACAAGAUUUUGCAACAAGAAAGGCAAGAAAAGUUAAUUGA